AUGUUCCUGAAUAAAUGCGAGGGGGACCUGGGCGAGCUGCGGAAGCCGGGGGACGGUGAGGGCACCCCACCGGCCACCGCCGAGGAGGAGCAGCCCAAGAAGAAGCACCGGAGGAACCGCACCACCUUCACCACCUACCAGCUGCACGAGCUGGAGCGCGCCUUCGAGAAGUCCCACUACCCCGACGUCUACAGCCGCGAGGAGCUGGCCAUGAAGGUCAACCUGCCGGAGGUCCGCGUGCAGGUCUGGUUCCAGAACCGACGAGCCAAGUGGAGGCGGCAGGAGAAGAUGGAGGCCAGCUCCAUGAAGCUCCACGACACCCCCGUGCUGUCCUUCAACCGGCCCCCCAUGACCCCCAACGUGGGGCCCAUGAGCAACUCCCUCCCGCUCGACCCAUGGCUGACGUCCCCCAUCUCCAGCGCCACCACGGUCCACAGCAUCCCCGGCUUCAUGGGAGCCCCCCAGGCCCUGCAGCCCCCCUACGGCGGGCACUCCUUCCUCAACACCCCCCCGCCGAUGGCGCAGGGCAUGCAGCCCAUGGCCCCCGCACCCUACCAGUGCGGCACCACCUUUGUGGACAAGUACCCGCUGGAGGAGGUGGACCAGAGGAGCUCCAGCAUCGCCUCGCUCCGCAUGAAAGCCAAGGAGCACAUUCAGACCAUUGACAAGACCUGGCAGCCCAUUUGA